AUGAAUUCAAUACAACCAACUGCCAAUACAUUUUAUAAUUCUAUUCCAAAUAACCAGGAAAUAACUUUGGCACAACAGCCACAGGCAAUAGCUAAUUUUUCUCCAUAUGUGAAUCCAAAAUGUAUGCAUCCCAAAGCAUAUAUUUCAUACCAGCUAAAUUGGAAGGGCAUCAACACCCAAGCAAAAGGAAAGUUUAUUGAGCGCUGGAAGAAUGUUGCCCGGCGAUUAAGAUCUAUUAAAGCUAUUAAGUUUGAAAGAUAUAAUAAAAAUCAAGCAGUAAUCGUGACUAGCAGCUCUCCUAUUAUUAUAUCUGAUGAAGUUCGUACUGCAAAGAAAUGGCUAGAGACUGAUGUACACAAUGCCGAUUUUCAAUUAGUAAAACAAAACUGGGCAUUAACUUAUGAGAUAAGAAGAAAAGACAAUUUAGAUACACAAGACCGUUUUUUAUCAAAUAUUUUUUUGACUUGGCCAAUUUUACAAGGCCGAAAAAGAUAUGAGCUAAAUGUUGAAGAUUUCAAAAUCGCUUUUCCUGAAACUCAUUCCUUGUAUUCAGAAUGGAAUGACUUUUUAAAUGCAUUAGAAGCAUUUUCAAAACGCAUAAUUGAUAUUCGAAGAAGCUCAGUUAAUGAUAAACAUGCUCAGGCUCUACUAAGUAAAUUAGAUACUGCAUGUCUAGAAGGAGAUUGAAGAACGUCAAAUAUAAUUAAAAUUCUACAGCUGCCAUUCCUUGUACCUACCAAAACACAAAUAAAAAAUAGUGACUCUAAAACUCCAAAUUUUGGAAGCCAUCAUUAUCGGAAUCAGUCUCAGCGUUUGCUAUACAUGUGACUAACAUGGUAAAAUUUCAAGAGGACUUGAUACAAAUGCAAGACAGGUACUGGCAAUAUGGAUCCUCAAUUCAACCAUUAAUGACCUUUGUCGGUGAAGAUAUCCAAUCCAUACAUACAUGUUAUGUCCGCGUAAACCAAAAAUUUUUGCAUUUUGAGUGUCCUUUAACGACUAGAGGUUUGUUACAAAUCAUAUUUCGUCUUCCAUUGUAUUUAUCCAAAAGAAUGUUAUGAUUCAUAGCUGAUUAUACAAAAGCAUUUAUUUAAGUUGAAUACAGAGUAUGAUAAACAAACUUCUAUCACAACUACAGUAUCUUCCAAAAUGCAAUUAUUUGAAGUACCACUUAUAUAAUUCAUUAAUUUAAGUAUAUUUAGUACUUUACUGUGUUUAAUGUUUCUCAAACCCUAAGUUUUUUUUAAAGUUAAAGCUGUCAUUUAAAAAAUUAUUAAUUACCUAUGCAUUAAUAAAUAAAAUUAUAAAAAUGUUGGUUUAUUUCAUAUGCUCUUGUAAAUAAUUAUUUAUGAUUAUUGUUAUCUAUGCAGCAAGAUAGGUUGCUUUAAGGUUGCAAACCAGUUUUAUUAGAUAGGUACCUAUAAUUUGUUCAUAAUGUUUUAUUAUAUUAUAUUUUUAACAAGUAGGUUAACAACUACCUAACUACAUUAAUAUUGAAUGAAUAAA